AAAAACCUUGACUAAUAAAACAAAUAUUUUAGUAAUUAAUAAGCAUUAAAAUAUUCUUUGAUAUACAUUAAAUGGAAAAUACUUUUUGAGUAAAAAUAGUUUUUAACUAAAACAAAGCGAACACAAAAUUUUUCAUAAGACUUGACAACAUCGUUGUGUUCAAAUGUUUUCGUUUGUAAUCGGCUCGCCGGUUAAAGGUUAAGAAAAUUUAGCAAAAAAAUUUAGUAAAAAUGGACAAUAUCGACGUUUGUUCUGUGGUUGUUAGUCAAGAAGAAAAUGCUGGGGACGUUGAAGUUGCUGCUCCCACAGAAAAAUCCGCUGUGACCAAAAAAUCUCCAAACCAAAACCGAAAAUUUCUUCGUUUGCCUCUAGCAAGAGUUAAACACAUGAUGAAACAGGACCCUGACGUUUCCAUUAUCGGACAGGAUUCGGUCUUUCUCGUUGCAAAAGCAACUGAAAUGUUUAUUGAAAUGCUUGGCAAGAAAACUUCCGAUCAAAUAGCUAAUACCAAAAGAAAGACCAUGCUAAGACGUGAUGUGGAUUCUGUGGUCGCUAAAAUCCCUAACCUGUGUUUUCUUGAAGGGACUUUAGAUUAAUGUUACAUAUUUAUAUCUUUUUUGUAUUGUUCGGGUUAACAUGUUAUAAAGUUUAAG